AUGUCGGAGAAUAGCUUCAACUCAAAGUAUUUGGACGAUGACGAUGAGGACGAUGCGAUUGCUGCCUCUGAGGCCGCCGAGAAGCCCCUGCCCCACGUGGAGGAGGAUGCUCCGAUGAGUGCCGAGGCCCUGGCGGAGGCUCUAGCGGUGAGCGAGACCGCCUCGGACUUUAUACACGAAGUGGAGCGCUCUCUCUACGGCGACAACAGCAAGGAGUACGGCUCCGCCCAGUACUUCAAGGCGGCCGAGAAUUAUUCGCUGUUUGGCGCCAACUACAUGGGCUUGGAGGAGGACAAGAACAAAAAACCGCCGCCGGGCUUCGACCAAAGCUCCAGUCAGAUUGCGGCUGGAUCGGCCGGAGUAUCCGGCCAAAGCUACUCGGGGGGACCCUCUUCAUCCGGAAUGGGCGGCAUGGCAAUGUCCCAGCAGCCGCAGCACAAGGCCGCGAAUCAGCCAGGACCUGCAGCGCUGCUUCCACAGCAGCAGCAGCAUCCGCGUCAUCCUUCGCCAGCGACAGUGCCCAGGGUCAUAGCCGAGGCAGCAGCUCUGGCUGGAGCUGGGGCUGGCAUCGACAUUGGCCUGCACGCCCAUGGACAUCUGCCCAGUGCCACGGAAAUGACCAUCGGACACAUUUACCAGGAGCUCAUGGGCAUGAAUUUCAAUCAGGCCAAUAUACAGCAGCAGCAGCAGCAACACCACAACCAGCAGCAGCAGCAGCACCACCAGCAGCAGCAGCACCACCACCACCAGCAGCAGCAGCAGGCGGCUCUGAAGCAGCAGCAGCAGGCGGCUCUGAAGCAGCAGGCGGCUCUCCUCUCCUACGGCCAAAAGGCCGUAACAGCAACUGGCAUAGUCCCUGACCCACGCGACGUAUGUUCUCAAAGCGGUGUUUCUUGCGUAUCGUGCCCGUUUGCGUCGCCAGGUCCACUUCUGGGACAACUAGAGUACGGCCAGGACAUUACACUCCACACCCACAGAUUAGAUGACUAGUUUUAAAAUA